AGUUCACGGAGAGGCGACGACGUACAAAGUUACUUAGUUGUAGUUGGUUUGACGUCUACUUCUGUUCGCUUGCAUCACCGCUUCUUAUGCAUCGAGAAAGUACAAUGGCGUUGGCACAGGACGGCACGUGAGGAAGAUCUUCAUCUGAAAUAACGAAGGAAACCUUCUACCGCGAAGGAAAAGGCGAAUGAUGCGUGCAGUUGUGAAAAUUCGCCGCAGGGGUAUCUGCCUUGUGGCGCUGUUGCUGGAUUCAGCAGCGCAGGCGCUUUUCGGGCAGGAACAGCAGGAAGAGAUCGAAAUCCCCUUUGACGCCUAUACCGAAGAAAGUGAUGCGGCACAGGCGGAAAAAGCCGCUGCCGCUGCGCCGCGGUCGUUUCGGCGGCGACGCGAGGAGAGGGAUAAAGACAAGAACAAACCUGCUCCCGCACGUGUGGUACCACGUUCCCCGGUCAUCUCUGCACCUCCGGCCAGCGCGGAUGAUAGCAGCAGUGCCGUUCUUGACGAUGAAAAUAUUCAGCCGAGUGCAUUCCUGGAAAAUAAAUCCGCGGGGAGUAAACUAGACUCGCGGGUGGGCCACCUUCCUCCUUCCGGCGCAGAGCCCCAGUUUCACUUCGCGGGAAAGGACUUUUCGGCACACGCUGACCCACGGUACCUGGACGAUCCCCGCACACUGCAGGGGGACAACCUGGAAGAGUACGUGUCCGUGCUUCGCGCCCGGCCGCUCGGGGAGGCGCUCGCGCAGGCGUUGGCCGCGGCGGCCGCGGCGCCCGAUACCCACGUGCUGCCGGCCGUCUGCGAGGCGGCGGUCCUCCUGAAUGGGAACGCGCUGGAGGAGGUGUCCAAGUACUUCGGAAAACUGGAGGCCACCGCGCACUACGGGGCGCCCUCGACGAACGCGCUGAUCACGUUGACGAAACAUGCUGUGGAAAAGGGUACGGCUGCGGUGUACAGCGAGUACGGAUUUCGCAUCACGCCGGAAACGCUGACCUUCACCGCGGUGCGGACCAGCCCGCUGAUGCUUAAGUUCGCGCCGAACAGCAUGCAAAACGAUCCGGACUUUGUGGAUUGGGUAGUGCGCCUGAACGGCCACGCAUUGGAGUUUGCCUCGGAAGAAGUGAAGAAGAACCGCGACGUGAUCACGUCCGCCAUUCUCACUAACGCCACCAGGUACUUGCUUGUUCUAUAGCAACUACGAUAACAUUAUCGUACUCGUGAAUGAUGGUGCAAAAAUGACUAUCGCAAGCUUUUGGAGACGAAAGGGCGAUGAAUCAGUUGCGAUUUGUUCCCAGAAAAGUUAAUGUGCGAGGAAAGCAACUUCGUUUGUUGUUGUUCUGUAUAAGUGAGUCCUCAAGAUGAAAACAUGUUUUCUAAUCCCAUUUUACAGUUUGCAGUUUGCGGACACCUUGAUGCGAGAGGACCGGCACCUGUGUGACCUCGCGAUCCGGACCAACGGUACCGCGAUCCAGCACUGCGCCCCGCACUUUCGAGGCGACGUCGAGUUCGCGUUGCAAGCCAUCGGCCACGACAUGCGCGCGCCCGCAGUAGUGUAUGAGGACACGGGCAAACAAGACUGGGAACCGUUUCUGAAGCACGACACCGACGCGACCGAGCACGGGCGGCUCACGCAGCAAAUGAAGGCGCUGCGCGACCUCGCCAGCAGCGAGGAGGCCACCGCGGAGACGUGCGCGCUGUACCACCUGGACGCGGAGCUCCGCUGCGAUCACGACCUAGUCUACAUGGCGGUUGCCAACCGGGGGCGGUGCCUGGUCGCCGCGUGCGACGAGGCCAAGAUGGAUCCGUUCAUCGUGGAGACGGCGCUCUUUAACACCUGGCGCGCUGCUGCCUACGUGAAGCCGGAGUUCUGGGCCUCGCCGGAGGGACUCAGCACCUUGCGGUUCUUCUUCGUCGUGUCGCAGGGGGGUAUUUACCCGUAUCUUCCGGAUGCUUUGAAGCAGCACCCGACCUUCCAGCGCGUGGCGGUAGGCGCGGAGCCGAUCGUGGCCUACCCGAUCCUUCCCAGUGCGAGUAGCCGGGUACAGUACGCUGAGCUGGCGAUCGUUCGGAGCAACGGGUACGCUCUGAAAUUCAUGGACACGCCGGAAUUUUCGGAGAAGUACGCGGAACUCGUGCGGUUGGCGCUCGGCGUGAACGGCUUGGCGCUGCAGUUUGUGGAUCGGCAGCGGCUGCCGGCCGACGAACAGAAGUAUGUCUGCUACGACGCCGUGCUGCAGACGCCGCUGGCGUGGCAGUACUGCAGCGACGCGGAGCGGCGCCCCGUGGCAACGCCGUCGUUCCUUCGGCAGCUGCUGCUACGCGACGGACGCAUGCUGGAGCACCUGCCCGACACCGUGCGCCAGGACCCGGAGAUGGUUAGCCUCGCGGUGCGGGACCCAAAGAGGGCGCACAUGAUGCAGUUCGCGAGCGCCGCGCUGCGCAACGACGUCUUGUUCCUGCGCCAGCUCGCGCUGCGGCAUCGCCACAUCAAGUGGAUGCCCUACGUUUUCGAGAAGCCUCGCGCGGACAUCGUGUUGGCGGAGAUGGGAGUCACUUUCAUGGACGGCGCCACAGUCUUCAAGUGGAUGGCGGUUUCACUCUGCGCGGACAAGGAGCUGGCGUACCAGGCCGUUGUCGUGAACGAGGACGUUCCCAAGGCCGGCUUCACGAACUCGACCGACGUGAGUACCGGCAUGAAGCUGACGAAGCGCGCGCAGGACCUUGCGUACAGGUACUUUCCCUUGCAGUUGCAACACGACCUGUGGCGGGAGGCGCUCUACGUCGCUAAUCCGCUCGGCGUCACGGGCUUACUGUCCGCGGCGGCACUGCCACCCCUGAGUCGGCGGCUGACACCGGAGGCGGCGGACUUCCUUGCGCUCGGCGGGCAGUACCACUACGUGCCGCGCCCCGUGCAAACGCGGCGCCGGACGGAGGACGCCUUGCUGGCGAUGGGGAACCGCGGGGAGACCAUCAUCUGGCAAACGCUAGAGCCGACCCUGGUCGACAAGAGUCUGGUCGUGUUUGCGGUCGCGCAGAUGAGCAACAACCACGGCACCGUGCUCAAUGCCCUCGAGCCACACUUGCGGAACGACAAGGAGAUUCGCGAAAUGGCCGUGACCGCGGAGCGCGACGACGCCUGCCUGUGGCAGGGUUGGCAGAUGGCUCUGACCCAUCUGGAUCCGGUUUAUCGCGACGACAAGGGCCUGGUGUACGAGGCCCUGGGCGGUCACUCGUGCGCCAAGAUCCGGGAGGAGGUGCACAAGGACCAGGUCCGCAAUACGGCCAGUGCCGCGGCCGCACAGCUGGCGAUCGAGGAGGGUUACACCACGGGCGCCGCCGCCUACAAAAACAGCGGCGGGGACGCGGUGGCCACCAGCCGCGCCUACCAGCCGGUGCUCCAUGACCGGAUGUUCGACAAGGCGGAUCUGAUGCUGCAGGUGGCGGUCGGGCCGGUGCUGAAAAACGACUGGCACGUGGUGCAGCGCGUCGUGCGAAAGCGCGGCCUGCGGGAGCUGCGCGCGGCGUCGCCGGCGAUUCGAAAGCAGGUCUAUCAAAACCUGAUCGACAGCGUGUGGAUGGGGCAGAUGGACGUCAACGUGAUUCGGUUGUUCCACCUGAUCGAGGAAGCCGACGCGAGGCCUUUGGCGGAGCGGAAACAGGCGUUUUUCACGGACCUGCAGGAGCACAAGUGCUGGGACACCCUGUCCUACGCAGCGGUGAUGCUGGAGGAGUCUUCAGAGGGGAACGACGAGGACUCCUCGUUCAAGCUGACCACGACGCACGUGAACGACGCGAUGAAGGACCACAAAAACGUGAUGGAGUACAAGUACCUUAGCGAGGAACUGCGCAAGGACGCCGUCCUGCUUUCCAAAAUGACGACCGCCUCGAAGACGGACGGCGACGUGGCGGCCUGGCUGCCCUACGCGCCUGAGUCGGUGCGCUCGCAUGCGGGCACAAUGCGCGUCAUUCUUCGACGAAACGGGCGGGCGCUCCGGUUCGCGGCGGCGAAUGUAAAACGGGACCCGGCGUUGGUCGCUAUCGCCGUGGAGAACGACCCUUCCGCCGUCGUGUUCGCGUCGCGCGACCUGGCCUUGAAGAAGGCGGCGGAAGCCGUGGCCGCGAAAACAGCGAAGCCGGCGGUUGGAAAGAUGUUCUAUUUGCACUCUCCGUUGUACGGCCAGGCGCCAGCGCCCUUGGACGCGGUGGUGAAGGCGUGCGGUGUGGAUCCCGCGGACGUGUUUCAGUACAUGGACCCGACGGGGACCGAGAAGUCGCUUUUGCAGGCCGAAGUGGUGGAGGCCGCGCUGGGGAGUGACGUGUCCAUCUUUGGUAUUCUCCCGGUCGAGGACCGUUCCAAGCUGAAUUUGCUGCAGCUCGUCCUCGAGAAGCAUGUCCAGGGCGACAUGACCAAGGCGGUGGAGCUUGUGCGGCACGCUGCACUGCCGGACGAAGAGCUCGAGACUCUGGUGCGACUGGUGCUGUCGACACAAGAAAAGGCGCUGCAGGAGAAGGCGGAUGUCGAUCAGCUCGCGCCGGUCCCGGCCGAGCAGUCGGUGCUUGGGGCCCUCCCGUUUCUAAUCGCGCGCAACAACGAGGAAGUGGUCCGUCUUGCGUUUUCCGAGUACCCGCGGUCCACCGUCCUACACGUGCACCAGCUGCCUUUACGGCUGCGCCGCAGCAAGGAACUCGCGCGGUACGUGCUCGUCUCCGCGGCCCAGAUCGACUGGGGCGCGACGUCGCUGCUAAGCCGGUUUGCGACCGCGGUCCGCGAAGAUCGCGGGAUCGUGGAGGUUGCGUUGAAAGAAUCGUCGCUCGGACAGCGCCUGCAAACCAUGCAGUUUGCCGGAGCGGCGCUUCGUAAUGAGAUCGACCUGCACGAGAUGGCGAUGGCAGAGGAGAUGGGUUUGUUCCCCAGCGUGAUGGACCCUCCGUCCAUUCGCGCAAACCGCAACUUGGUGAUGAAGGCGCUGCAGCCGGACAAGGCGGGAGCCAUUUCCGUGUUCCGGUUUCCUUAUCUGCCGGAGGAACUGCGCAGCGAUCCGGCGGUCGUGACGAAGGUGCUGCGCCACCAGAACGUUGUGGGAUGGGAGGCCUCGCCGUCGGUCAUCUACGGCUUCAUUUCGGAGCACCUUCGGAAUUCCGACGAGAGCCUUUUGCGGGAGGCCACCACGGCCUGGGAGCACGCCCGGACCUUCCUGAACAGCUUGCGGACAAAUGCCGCGAUGAAGCACAUCCCGGACUUUUCGUGGAAAGCCAACCGGCUGCUCCGGGCGCAGUCCCCGCUGCUGUUCGCGUCGGACGUCUUGCUGGUGAUGAAGUACGACGAGAUUGUGAUGCCCGUGUUGCACACGCUUGAUGAGUCCCCCAUGUACGACGCUCGGCGCGAGGCUCACAUUCUGCGCCGGGUCCUGCAGGACGCCGCGUUUCACGAGGGGGAGAGCCUGGUGUGGGAGCGGGCGCGCUUGGCGAAGGAUUACAACCAGGUCCCGGUGGAGUACCAGAGCGACCCGCGCGUGAUCGCGCACUUCCUGAUGAACGGCGAGCGGUGCAUGCCAGACGUGGCGGCGGUGGGGAACGACUACAAGCUGCUGUCGCAAGACAACCCCUAUCUGUUGGAGCUCGCGCGGACCCACAUGUUCAGUCCGUACCACAAACUCGACCCAACCACGGGCGACUACCCGAAGGCCGACCCGCAGACCCUGUCGCGGCACCUGAAGGCCCUCGGCCCGCUGACUGAUCCGGGCGGCGCGGAGUUCGCCGCCAUGUACACCCCGAUGGCGCUGCAGCACCUGGACGCGAAGAGCAUGUCCAGCGACGACAUUCGGUCCGUGUUCGCGGCCGUGCUGUUGCAGCACCGCGUGCCGGCGGUGAUGCAGUUUGCGCCCCCAGAGCUGCGGUCGGACCCGGUUUUCUUUCUGCAGAUGGUGCACGCCGGCGUGCCCGGCCGCACCAGCCUCCCCUUCGCCACCAUUCCCGCCGACCACCCGGAGCCGGAAAGGCUGUACGAGUUGGCGCGAGAAGUGAUGAAGCACGACGCGAAAAGUCUCGACGCCAUCCUGCCGUGGCUGCUGAAACUGGGCGCCGCCGACAAGAAGGCCGGGAUGGCGCUGCUGCGCGAGGUGUUCGAGCUGGCCAUCCGCGAGAACUGCCGCGCCUACAUGCUAGCGCCCAUGCACUUGAAGAGCGACGUGGACUUUCUGCGCAGCGCGUUGACCAGCUGCGACCCGGACCAGAGCAUCGCGGAGAAGAUCCCGCAUGACGUGAUUCUGAAGAACCCGGAGAUUCUCUCCCUCGCAAUGGACACCACGCCGGCGCUGACGCAGUACAACCAGCUCAGCGAGCAGCUGAAGAACGGGGCGGUUAUCAUGGAGCGGGCGAUCGCGCGGUUCGAUCCCGCGGCGCAGCCACCCUUGGCGCCCGCAGCGCAGAUCAUUUGGGAAAGACGGCUCGUGACCGACUACGUGCUGGGCACCUACGACAAGCAGGCCGCGCACACCCCGGAAAGCAAUCAGAAGGUUCGCAGUCUCCUGCUCGCGGCGGUGCAAAAGCAGCUGAUCUCCUACUGCAGCGUGCCCACGACGUUGCCCUCGGACGGGUUCGUUUUGAAGGACGCCGCGUUUCUGGAGGAGGCAAUCAAGGGCGGCGCGUCGUUCAAAAACUGCUUCCUGUCCAAGGAGGAGAUCGGGUCCAACCCUGGUCCCCUGCUCAUCCGCAUGCUGCGUCGCAGCUCGUACUACGGGGCCGACGUGGACGACAUUGUGAAGUCCUUCACGAAACACGACCUGCUGCUCCCGCUAAUCUUCUUCGAGGAGGAGGAAGCUAGCAGCCUCAACCACGAACACGACGACCACGAGGAGGAGGGGGAGCACCGCGCGGCGUACUUUAAAAACAUGGACUCAUCGGCUUCGUCUUUCCUUUCCAGUGCUAGUGCAGCAAGAACCGCGGCCACUGAUGUCGACGAGAAGCAGCAGUUGGAGGCCCCUGUUGUCGAAGCGGAGAAGCAAGAGGUAAGGAAAAUUAAAAUCAGAUAGUUUAUUGCAAAAUUUGUGUUCGCGGCCCUAAGUAGCUCCAGCUUUUUCGUCUCCAUCAAGGGUUACAGACGGUGUCUCGCAUGUAAGUAUGUUUGUAUCGUUUUCAUGAGGUCGUACCUCCAUGAAGAUCUUCUCUUUGUUGAUCGUAACGACCAUAGCAAGACCCAGUAUUGACAAAACAAUCAUAGAAACAACAGCCUGUCAUGGCGGCGCCGGUUCGUAGCUCGCCUUCUUUGCGCGGAACGCUGCACGCGCAACAGAAGCUGCAGCAGCAGCAGCAACAGCAGUCGUUUGUGCAGGUGCAGCAGGCGUCGACACCGCCCACAGAAAAGGGGACUGGGGACGAGAAGCAGAACGCUUCUCAAGGAGUAGAAGCUCUGCCCCUUGUAACAAAUGGUCAGAAUGAUGUCCACUUUCCCGUUUUCAAGCCGGGCCAACCCAACUGGGAGUUCCUGAGCGAGCUGGUGGACGCCUCGCCCCGCACGAUAGUUGUACUCUCCAACGAGAAUGUACUGCCCAAGUCGCUCCGCUGCAGCACUCGCUUCAUGAUGAUGAUGUUCGUCGACGCGCUACCGGACAUCGCAGAAUUGCCGGAGGACAUGCAUCAAAUGGUAAGUGCUCAGAACUCGUUCCAAGGUUCAGCGUUUUUUUUUGUGAUGAACUAGGAUAAGUAGAAAGAGAGUAUCUAUAGUGGACUAGAAACCGACGAAGAAGUAACAGUGGAGAGCAAGCAACGGAAAUCAAAACCGCGAUGAAGAGCAAAAUAUCACCGAGAUGAAAUAAGUAAAUUCUAAGUAUACCAAAUCAAAUCUAUCAGAUGAAGAAGUGGCUGGUCGGCACACGGGAGCUCUGUCCGGAAAUGGCGGCGGAUGAUCAGUUUAUUGUUGAGGUGAUCCAGAGCACCAGUCUUCGCAGCCUGAACCAGGGCGUGAUUUUGAACCUGUUCUUCGACCACUCCAAAACGAUGACGGAGCGUGUGAAGCGCGCACUGAUAUUGGUGAACAAAGGCUUCCUGAUGCUGGACCGGUAUGUAAAGGACUCGAACGCGGAGAACCGGGACAAGCCGGACGAGGAGGCGGACUCCAGUCAGGAUGUGGCUUAUGGAGUGUCAGAAUCGAAAUCGACAAAAUCGAAAAAUUUGCGAUGCAUAAAAUGCAGGGCACGUAAGGCCUGUAUUGGGGAGCAGGCAAAUGAGACCGAUCACAAGCCUGGUUAGGGGUAUGCAAUGCGCUGCCUGAUUAGCAUGACAGAAGCAGUCUUCUUUGCCCGAACAGCAUGACAGACUGGAUUUGGGUGCUCCCGAAAUUUGUCAUGCGCCACUCGGAAACUGGGGCUCCAACUGGUGCCGAUUUUGUGCAUCACAAGUUUUUCGAUUUUGUCAAUUUCGACUCUGACACCUCCAUAUGGCCGACAUGCUGACCGCCUCGCCGCACAAAAGCACGGCGCUGGGCCGGCUGUUUACCACCACCAUCAGCGCGGCCAUGGAGCGCGUCAAGUUCCGCAAGGAGCGCUACUGGCUGAAAUCGCUGUUUAAGCGAAACAUACCCAUUUCCGCGAGCACGAUUGCGAAGUGGGAGGCCAGUAUGCCUGCGCCCGAGGACGCGCAGGAAGCCUUGCUCCAGUACGACAUCGCGCGUUGUGCCGUUGCGGACGCCGCGCAGAACUACCACCAGCUGGGGUCCACUCUGAAGCGCGACAAGCGCAUCUUGACCCGGGCCGUCCGCUUCGACUACGACUUCUACGAACAGAGCGACCCGAAUUUCAAGAGCACCCUGGCGUCCGCCCCCUGGAACCUGCGGGACGACUUGGAGAUCUUGGAGCACGCGCUGGCGACCAACGGGCUCGCGCUCCGGUACGCUUUUCCCGAGGAGGCCCUCAUCGUGGGCAGCGGACCCCUGCACGACGACGGCGCGGUGGAAGAGUCGGACAGCGAGGAGGGUCCUCUUCCGAGCGAUCACCCACUUCGUGCUCAUCAAUAUCACCCGCACGAAAUCCUUCCUGCCGAGCUUCUCCAUCAACACGACACGGAGGUUGAAAAUAAACCCAUGGAUCGACCCCCACGGUACCCGGGAGCAAAGCCGCCCGCAGCUUCGCUGCUGCAGCUGCGGCAAGCCGCGUCAAAUGUGGGGUAUUUGAACCAGGGCUACCUUCCGGACGAGCUGUAUUUAACCGCCUGCGCGGAGAACGGACUCGCGCUGGCGUACGUCCCCCUGGCGGUGCGGCUGCGCAACCCCGGGGAAGCACCCGGACUGCUGAUGAUCGCGGUCGAAGAGGACGGUAUGGCGCUGCGGUACGUUCCGUCGGCGCUGCGCACCUGGGAACUGUUGGACGCAGCGGUGAGGGAAAACGGGCUGGCCGUCCAGUUCGCCACCGCGGAGCACGUGUUCGACGUCUCGCGGUACAAGACGCUGAUGAUGCAGGCCUGCGGCCAGCGCGGAACGGCGCUGGAGUUCGCGGGCGCCGAUAACCUCCGGGAUAUGGAACUGAUUCUGGAGUGCGUGCGGAACGACGGCAUGGCGUUGCAGUUCGUGCCGGUGGACUUGCGCACGGAGGAGGUGAACAAGGCCGCGCUGCAGUCGGAGGGGCGCGCGAUCCGCUUCGUGCAGCCCAAGCAGGACCGGCAGCGCACCGACUACAUCCGGCUGGCGGCGGUCACGUUCCGCGGAGCGCUGUGCUACGGGUCCUGGCACGACCGCCAGGACGUGGAGCUGAUCGGGCAAAUCGCGGCGGCGGUGGACAAGGUGCGCGCCCGGGGCGGCGGCGUCUACAACGAGCGGCUCGCCAAGGACAACGACAUGGGCGGCGGGUUCCGCGCCGAGCACGACUCGCUGCUCAAAUGCGUCCCGCCGCCGCUGCGGUACGACGACGCGCUGCUGGACAAGCUGCUGGUGUCCGAUAGCAAGAACACGCUGCUGGAGUUCUUCUACAACGGCGACGGCAAGUUCAUGAGCACCAUGCCCCGGGCGCCAAUGCCAGGCUCCAGCACAACCUUCAGCAUUCUGCCGCGCGGCAUGCUUACGGCCGAGCGCGUGCUCAUGGCCCUGCAGCAGGACGGCUUUGCGCUCAGCGUGCUGCGCAUCACCAAGCACGUGUGGAAGUGGGAUUUUGCGCGCACCGCAGUGAUGCGCGACGGCAUUUCGCUGGGCAUGGUUUCGCACCCGCUGCGCGACGAGCUGGACAUCGUGCUCGCGGCGUGUGAGAACGACGGCACGGCCAUCAAGUACGCGUCGGAACGGCUGCAGACGAACCCGAUCGUGCGCUACGAAUGCCUGCACAAGGACUUGAAAGCGCGGGAAAAAUUUAUCGAGGGCAGCCGGCACCCCUCGCAUCUGUCGGGAAACAUGGACCUGGCGGGCUUCGAACUGAUGGCCGCGCCGGCCACCAUUCAGGACGACGACAAGAUCAACAAGUUGCAGAAAUUGGCCAUUGGCGCGGCGCCCAUGCUUUCUCGCUUCAUGAACCGCGAGGUGAGGGGUGCGCUCUGGGAUCGCCGAAGGGAUCCGGAGUACGCCUUGUCGCCGGAGAUUGGUAUGUUCUUGAGCGAGGCGGAGGACAACGCCCACGCGAUCGAUUUCUCCCUCGCGGUCGAUCGGCCGCUGUUCUCGCCCAGUCAGUGGCACUGGACCGACGGCCACGAAAACGACAAUAAAUUUGAGCAAAUCGACGACCUGCUGCACCGAUGAGCGUCACGCGGUGCGGGCGAGGACUCCGCAUACUCAAAUUAAGAACCGCAGGCAGCGUUUGCGUUUGCGAAUGUAAAUGUGGACAUGCAGGGAAUGAUAUCCCUCAAUCUAAGGCAAAGUUGAAAAUUAGCAACGUACUAACUUUGUCUAAAAAAAGUAUAAUUCAGUAAAAACAGAGUUCGUUGUAUACGCGUUUUUGUUUCACCUUGCUCAACUUUCGCAUCUGUAUGAUUUUAUGAAGUAGAAGCUGUAGUGCUGUCGGUCACCCGCUGACCUGGCCGGAUUGAUAGAGAGAUGGAGCUUGUACAACAAGCCAACAGCCACCUCAAUAACAAUAACGGGCUGCUCUACAACAGCUACCAGUGUUUCCUAGAAAAUUUGAGUCUUAUUUAUUCUUUGCACCUUUUCGAAAUGCUUUCACUGUGCACAAUCAAGUUGAAAAAAUGUACCCCUGUACAAACCGUACCUAAGUGAAGAUGAAACUGACUAAAUUUGUGCGGUGGUCGAUAGUCUUUGCACUUCCUCUACCUCGAAAUAGAUUGACUCAAGAAAGACGUAUGAAUCGAAUGGUGUGGAGAGCGAUGAAAACGAGGAUAGGAAAU